AUGGGCGAUUUAGAGCCUAGAUUUGAGCGAAAUGACAACAGAACGAUGGGACGGAAGCCUUUACCUACAUUGGGAGCUAUUCCAGUCAAAAAUGAACAGGGAAAGGUUGUCAUGAAGAAUGUCAAAGUCGAACGAUAUGUUGCUGGUCAAGCGUGAGUAUUUUUUGGGUUUUUUUACUUUGAUGUUAUUGUUUUUUUAUCAUAGAAAAAGAAAAUAUAGGCUUUCAGUUAAUCUCUCGUUUUUUCUUUAAAAAAGUUGGCUUCAAGCGUUGUUCCUUCAACUAUUCUUUAAAAACAUAAAUUUGUUUCAGACCACGGUUUGCGUCUGAUUCUGAUGAAGACGAUGACGAUUUUACUGUCAAACGCCUUGAAGAAGGAGAAGAAGCUGAAGAAGAACGUAAAGAAGAUCAUAGAAAAGCUGAAAGACAUAGAGAAAGACGUUCAGAUGAUCAUUCACAUAGAAGGCAUAGAGAAGACAGAUAUGAUAGUAGAAGGAGAACAUACAGAGAUGAGUAAGUAUAUUAUUCUUGUGUUUUGUUUUUAGGUACAAAACAUAAUGUGGUUUAUGUUUAAUUGACAUUCUUUUUAGUCGCCGACCUGAAGUAGAAGCAAAAGUAGUUCAAAAAGCGGCUAGAGAGGAGUCGGAUUCAGAAGAUGAAGAACAACGUGAACGUCGACGAGCUAGAGCUUUGAGGAAACGACGUGAACGUGAAGAGUUGGAAGAAGCUCCGUUAGAACAAGAAGAUGAGGAGGAUGAAGAUGAAUUAAGGAGGCAGCGACGUCGUGAUAUGAUUAGGGAACAAAAGAUUGAACAGGAAAGUAAAGAUGUUAAGAAGAAGGAUAUCAAGAAAGAGGUAAGACUUCGAAAGAUAGGAACUUAUUUAACAAGGGAAUGUUACAAACUGCCCAUUCGAUUUGUAAAAGUGAAUGGUACCAUGUGAAAGAGCGUAAAAAGUUGAAUAAAAAUCUAUUUUCAAAAACUGCUAAUUUUGCUUUACAAGCCCGCUGGCGAGCUUUUAAAAUUUUUACUAUCAAAACGGAUUUUUUAAACCCGCUUUCUUUUGGCUUCUUUCAAAAAAGAGAAGUAAAUGUGUUCGAAUGGCCAAGUGGUCAAAGGCGCCGUGAUUGCGCAAUCAAUGGACUUUAGGUUCGAUUCUCUUUUUGGGUAAAUGAUUGGUAUUCUUUUUUAUUUAAAAGUUAAUUAAUUUAAAUAUUCAAAGAAAAAUUUUUUUUGUUGAUAACGGCUUCUUACAUCUAAUAAAACAUAAAAAAGUAAAACCUAAGGUUUUUAAAAAUACAAUAAUCCAAAAGAAAGAAUAACAACUUAUUAGGUCCUUUCACCAAUGAUUUUAAAAUCUCGCUAGCGGGCUUUUAAGGCAAAAUUAGCAGUUUUUGAAAAUAGAUUUCUAGUCAACUUUUUACGCUCUUUCACAUGGUACUAUUCACUUUUAAAAAUCGAAUGGGCAGUUUUUAACAUUCUCUUGUAAGUUUUGAUUUUUUGGGUUUUAUUACUUAAAUUUAUCUUUCAAACGUUUUACAGUUUUUUAUGUAUAAUUUGCGCUUUAUAAAGCUUUCAAACGAAAUUUUAGGUGAAGAAAGAAGAACUGGAAGUUCAAGAAGAAGAUGAAUCGGAAGAAGAGUCCGGCAGUGAAGAAGAAUCGAGCGAAGAAGAGAGUGAUGAGGAAGAUGAUAGGAUAAAGCUUAAGCCCGUCUUUGUCAGAAAGUAAGUCAAUUUUUUUUUGAAAUUUAUUUAAAAAUUUAUUUUUAUAAAAUGAAGGCUCAUAAGUGUAGAAAUUUUUAAUUCAAAAUGUUACCUAAAACAUAAUUUUAGAAAAGACAGAGUUACAUUGAUCGAAUUAGAAGAAGAACAAAAGCGUUUAGAUGCUUUGAAAGUACAAGAAGAUAAAAGGAAAGAAGAACGGAAAAAGGAAUCAGUUAAAAUAAUGGAACAAACUCUAAAACAUGAAGAGGAAAUGGAGAAAGCAAAGAAGAAAGACUUGAAAGACCUCGAAGCAGUGAAUACUGAUGAUGAAGAAACAGAUGUUACGUACGAAAAGUGGAAGAUCCGAGAGUUGAAGCGGCUGAAACGUAACAGAGAUGAACGAGAAGCGUACGUUUUGUCUUGAUAACUUAAAUUUUUAUCCGUAUUUUAAUAAAAAUGUUAGUGAAAUUAGUUGUUACGCUUCACUUAUUGAUAAUAUAAGGGUAUUAUUUUAGAAUAGCCAAAGAAAAGGAAGAAAUAGAGAAGAUUCACAACAUGACAGAAGAAGAACGCAAGAACUACCUCCGCCUGAACCCGAAGAUUGUCACCAACAAGCAAGACAAAGGCAAGUACAAGUUCCUUCAGAAGUACUAUCACCGUGGUGUCUUCUUUUUGGACGAGGAGGACGAGAUCUACAAAAGAAACUAUGCUGAAGCUACGGGUGAAGAUGAGUUCGAUAAGUCUGUGUUGCCUAAAGUAAUGCAGGUCAAAAACUUUGGCAAAGCCUCAAGGAGUAAAUGGACACAUCUUACGGCUGAAGAUACGACCGAUCAUCAAGGGGCAUGGGCUGCUACUACUGGCUUUACUCAGAAGUUUACUCAGAAGCAUGCUGCUGGACUGAAGGAAGAGUUUGAUCGACCGACGGCCAAAAAGAGGAAGAUUGAUUGA